AACAGAACAUUCCCAACUCAACGGGCCACGCUACAAGAGAAGGAGAGCGAUGAAGACAGUGUUCUCCAUUGAUGAUUUCUCAGAUCCUUGUCGGAAUGCCCCGCCUCUAUCGCCUGAUCCGCCGAAGGCAGUUACGGCGGAGGGAAUUAUCCGGAGCCAGUCGGAGUGGAUGUUCGAGAUGUUUCUCGAAGAGAUGUCGUCGCCGAUGAGCGCGGUUUCCACAUCGUCAGCGAUCGGGAACGCGAUCAGUGUUUCGUCGGCGCAGUCUCAGCCGUAUGUUUCGGGAACCGACGACGUUGAGGACGAGGAUCGCGUUGGGAAUCUAUAUGGAAAUCGGAACACUUCCAUGCCCUCUGAUCUUUCGCCGACGGUUGUCGCUGAUUCCGAUGAGUAUUUUCGCGUUCUCCAGAAUAAGCUCGAGACCGAGUUCGAUGCUGCGGCCGCUCUUAGGGCUGAAUCUGUGAAGCCUGAAGAUGCGAGUAGUUCGCCCGUAACCCAAAUUCUUCCGGAUCAAUCGGGACCCCUUAUUCAAGGCCUUGAUGUUUCUUCUACCUUACCAGCUGAGCGGAAAAAAGUAGAUUUACCGUUGAAGCAGGCGACUAGUGGAUCUUCAAGAGAAGAUUCUGAUGAUGAUGAACUCGAAGGAGAAACUGAAACCGCUGGACACUUCGACCCAGAGGAUGUAAAACAUGCUAGGAGGAUGCUAUCUAAUCGAGAAGCUGCUAGACGUUCCAGAAGGAGAAAGCAUGAACAGAUGAGUGAACUUGAAACACAGGUUAGUCAAUUGAAGGUAGAACAUUCGCCCCUUCUUUAGCAACUCAGUGGCGUGAAUCACUAGUAUGAUGAAGCUGCUGUUCGCAAUAGAAUUUUAAAAGCUGAUAUCGAGACAUUACUAGC